AUGAAGAGCCCGGGCUGUGUCAAGGACGUCCAGAGGUUGGCAGGGCGAUUAACAUCACUUUCCCGGUUUCUCGGGGCCUCGGCGACAAAGGCCCUACCAUUCUUCAACCUCAUGAAGAAAGGGAUGGCGUUUGAAUGGACACCCGCGUGCGAAGAAGCCUUUCAACACUUCAAGGAAAUCCUAGCGGCACCUCCCGUUCUCGGGAAGCCAAGGGACGGAGAACCACUGUACCUGUACCUCGCUAUAACAAGCGAAGCCCUGGCCGCAGUACUAGUGUGGGAGGACGGGAGGACCCAGCAACCAGUCUACUUCGUAAGCAGGGCCCUACAAGGAGCAGAGUUAAGAUAUAGCAAGUUGGAAAAGCUAGCCUUAGCACUCCUAACUUCCUCGAGAAGGUUAAAACAGUAUUUCCAGAGUCACCAGGUGGUCGUCAGAAUGGACCAAGGGAUCCGACAAGUUCUCCAAAAACCCGAGCUGGCGGGAAGAAUGAUGACUUGGUCCAUCGAGCUCUCUCAAUAUGACAUACGGUACGAGCCCCGACAAGCCAUCAAGGCACAGGCCAUGGCAGAUUUUUUGGUUGAAGUAACAAGAGACCCAGGCGAAGACAUGGGUACACGGUGGAAGCUCCAUGUAGACGGAGCCUCCAACCAGACCUUCGGAGGAGCCGGGAUCAUCCUAGAAAGUCCAAACGGGGUCGUAUACGAGCAGUCAGUCAGAUUCGAGUUUCCCAUCUCGAACAACCAAGCAGAAUACGAAGCCCUCAUAGGAGGCUUGACCCUAGCAACAGAGGUCGGUGCAAAAAGGCUGGAAGUAUGCAGCGACUCCCAAGUCAUCACUUCCCAAGUAAACGGCAGCUAUCAAGCCAAGGACCCCUUGUUGCAGAAGUACUUGGAAAAGGUCAAAAGCUUGAGCCAAAAGUUUGACGAGGUCACGGUCCAGCAUGUACCCAGAGAAAGGAACGCACGAGCAGACCUCCUAUCAAAAUUAGCCAGCACUAAGCCAGGGGAGGGAAACCGGUCUCUCAUCCAAGGCAUGACAAGGGAACCUGCAAUUGCACUACACAUAACAACCCUAAGUUCUUCAUGGCUAGACCCCAUCACCAACUACUUAGAACACGGCCAAGUCCCUGGUGACGAAAAGGAUGCGGUGAAAUUAAGGAGGGAAGCGGCCAAAUACGCCGUCAUCCAAGCACAGCUAUUCAGAAAAGGGCUCAGCCAGCCCCUACUGAAGUGCCUACACCCCGACCAAACGGACUACGUCCUUAGGGAAGUCCACGAGGGCUGCUGUGGGCACCACAUCGGAGGAAAAGCCCUAGCAAGGAAGUUGAUCCGAGCUGGGUACUACUGGCCGUCGAUGAUGGCGGAUUCCAAAGAGUUUGUCAAAAAGUGCGUAAAGUGCCAACAGAACGCCAACUUUGCCAAGGCACCGGCAAACGAGUUGAGCUUGCUGACGACUUCCCGGCCAUUCGCUCAGUGGGGAAUCGACCUCUUGGGGCCUUUCCCUGUCGGCCCUGGGCAGGUGAUAACACGGUUCGGGAUACCAGAGGUCGUCAUCUCGGACAACGGCACACAAUUUGCUGACAAAAAGUUCACAGAAUUUCUCAACGGCCUAGGUAUAAGGCAAAGGUUCUCUUCGGUAGAACACCCUCGGACGAACGGACAAGUGGAGUCCGCCAACAAGGUUAUCCUUUCAGGGCUAAAGAAGAGGUUGGACAACAAAAAGGGCGCUUGGGCCGACGAGCUGGCAUCGGUCCUCUGGUCUUACCGAACAACCGAGCAAUCCUCCACCAAGGAAACCCCAUUCCGACUGACGUACGGGGUGGAUGCAGUAAUACCCGUGGAAAUCGGCGAACCAAGCCCACGAUUGCUCUUGAAAGGAGUAGAGGAAACUGUAGAAAAGGACCUGAUAGAAGAAGCCCGAGAAAUGGCCCACUUGACAGAAACGGCGCUAAAACAAAGAGUGGUGCUCCGUUACAACACCAAAGUGCUCAAAAGGGAAUUCGGACCAAACGACCUUGUCCUGAGGCGAAAUGAUAUCGGCCUGCCGACCCCAGGAGAAGGCAAGCUAGCGGCCAACUGGGAAGGCCCAUACAGAAUCAAGAAAGUGAUGGGAAAAGGGGCCUUUAAGUUAGAAAGGCUCGAUGGCAAGGAGGUCCCGAGAACAUGGAACGCGGACAACCUUAGAAGAUUCUACUCCUAG